CCGAAUAAAACACCAACGCUAUUAACUUGAAAAUAAAGUUAAAAAAUAACUACUUUUUGAUAAAUUAUGUUCUAUAAUGCUUUUUCUGCAUAAUUCAUAGAAACAUUUUUAGUCGAUCACUGUACACACUCCUGUCGCAGCGAUAUACAGCUAUUUAUGAUCAGCUAAUCUCCAGCCAUGUUCCCCAAUGGAUUAGUAGUUCUCACACAGCCCAUGUCAACUUUGAGAAUUCAAAUUCCACAUCUGCUCAAGUCCCUAGCCGCCAUUGUGUCAGAUACUGUAUACAUUCACCUUCAACCAUCUCUGAGAAACAUUGAAGGCCUUCCUGUAUCAAGUGCUUUUUAUUCCUCCCUGCCAUGUACAACAGAAAUGAAGUCUUUUAUCAGUGAUGUGUAUUUUCACAGUUCUUCGUUAUGCCAAACAUUGGAUGUAAGAAUUCUUCUGUCUCAUUUUUCCAACAACAGUUGCAUAAAUUCUUGGCAGACAUCUCAGAGUCUGAGCAAGUCAUUAAAUGUGCUUAUUUCAGAUGCUGAAUGGUUGCAAGAGUAUUGGACAUCUAACAGAGAUUCAGUACUGAACCUUUUGGAGCAGGCAUUUCACCUUGGCAAAGCAGAAACCUCAUCAUUACAAUUUCGCCCUAUUUUAGGUAGUGAGCAGGAGCAUAGGAAAUGUUUGCCUGAUGAUGAGACACAAACUGUGCUGAAAACUUACAAAAAUGUUGUUCUUGGGGGAACAUUUGAUCGUCUUCAUAAUGGCCAUAAAGUUUUGCUGAGCACAAGUAGCUUGCUGUGUGAGCAGAAACUGACUGUUGGGGUGACAAACAAGGACAUGAUUAAAUCAAAGAUUCUGAAGGAGCUGAUUGAGCCGGUAGAGAGUCGAAUGUCUUCUGUGUCACAUUUUGUUCAUGACAUUAAACCCUCUCUCAACAUAAAGACUGUUGCCAUAGAAGAUAUCUAUGGCCCUACUACAGUGUAUCCAGAUUUUGAAUGCUUGGUUGUGAGUCAAGAAACUAUCAAAGGAGGAGAUAUGAUAAAUGCUGAGCGAGUUAAAAAGGGCAUGAAGCCAUUGGAGAUUGUCAUUGUAGAUUUAGUGCAGGACACCUGUCAUGCGCCUGAAGAGGAAGACAAAGUUAGCUCAUCUUCUCAGAGGAGGCGACUUCUUGGUGAGCUGCUAAAACCUGUUACAAGUCAACCACACCUACCUAGCAGACCUUACAGACUUGGACUGACUGGUGGAAUUGCUAGUGGCAAGUCUAAUGCCUGCAAAGAACUUGCAAAGCUUGGAGCUGCUGUUAUUAACUGUGACCAUCUAGGGCACAAGGCUUAUGAGCCUGGGAUGGAGGCCUUCAGAACUAUCGUUAAAACAUUUGGCCAAGAGCUGGUUACGGAGAAAGGGGACAUCGACAGAAAAAAAUUGGGUGCCAUUGUUUUCUCAGACAAAUCAAAAAUGGACAUGCUGAACAAGAUUGUUUGGCCAGAGAUCCAGAAAUUAGUUGAAAAGGAAAUAGAGCAACUUGCUUCAGAUGGAUACAACAUUGUGGUGGUGGAGGCAGCUGUGCUUCUGGAGGCAGGAUGGGAUAAACAGGUCCACGAAGUGUGGACAACAUUUGUUCCUAAGGAAGAGGCAAUCAAACGCAUCUGUACAAGGAACCAACUUUCAGAGGCAGAGGCUGCUCAACGGAUUGAUAGCCAGUUGUCUAACAGCGAAAGAAUCGCUAAGUCAAAUGUUGUGAUUUGCCCUCUUUGGGAAUAUGAGUACACCAGGCAGCAGAUCGCCAAAGCAUGGGCUCUUCUACAGCAAAGAAUCCAAGAGACCUCCAAGCCAGUCUCUUCAUCCUUGUAGUGGGCCUUUUCCAGAAACACCAUUUAAAAUAUCAAGAAAACAUUGUGGCAGAUCAAUCUGUCCAACAAAUAAGGAUGCUUUAUUUUUCAAGCAAUGGACAAGAAUGUGCAACAUGAGUGUUAUCUGCAUUUGAUGCUAAAAGAGUCUUCUCUGCUAUUGAAAGUACAAAUGUUGGAAUAUUUACCACAAUGGUCAGCACAUUCCCCUUGCCAUAGAUGCUGAGAGGUGGAUGUGGUGUAUAUUUACUCAUUCUCAGAUCACACACACACACACUUGCCUUUGUUAUUAGAUUUAUCCAACACAACAUUGAGAUCACAUCUAUCUAUAUACACAAUAUUUAUCAUAAAUUUUCUCAAACAUAUUUUAGUACAGUCUUUAAAAAAUAAGAGAACUGUUACAUUAUAAAAAAAAUUGUAGAUCUAAGCCAGACUACAAUUUGUUCAAUGUUGAUAGCUCCUUGUUCUACUGUUUUAUUAUCGAUUAUUAUUGUUAAUGCAAAUCCACACUGUCCGAUCACCAAAUUUUGAAGGAAUAUUUUCUUUUGUCUAUAAUUCUAAUAAUUGACUUAGUUUGGUUGGUUGUUACUCCAGAGUAUGUUUAUUUUUUUGAAGUUUGUGGUGGUUCCUAUAACGAAAGAAAAAAAUCUGCUAUGCAGUACCUAUUGCCAUGUACACGUGCUGCUCUAACUUGGACAACUUUAUAAUUUUUUUUUUUCAUAAAGCGCCAUGAGUCUGUCAA